CGCGCGCUGACGACAGCAGGUGAUUUUUUUCUGCAGCUCGCUUUCUCUCAGCAUCUUUCCUGGAUUUUUCCUCCUCCCUUGCUGAGCGGCAGAAAAGGGUGGGGCCGCCUCUCUGCAGCAGAGGCGGCGGCGACAGCGGCUGCAGCGUCGUCGCCUGCCGAGGCCGAGGCAGCAGAGCUCGGUCUCCGCUGGAGGUGACGGCCUCAAGCCCUGCUAGGUAGACGGCUGCACCCGAACAGCGGCAGGAAGGAGAAUCGAGCCAGGUCCUCGGACCCCGCAGCCACACGGCCCUGCCCUUCCUCUGCGCCAUGGCUUAACCCCGCGGCCACCUCGCCUCGCCUCGCUCUGCAGGGGUCUACAGGCGCCACAGCGCAGGGAGGGGCGCGUCCCAGAUGCCCUAGCCAGGGACUCCCGGACGCCGUUCCUCUCGCCCUUCGUCGCCCGCAGCAGCUGCGCUCCCGAACGCGUUUGCAACCGGUAAUCCAGGGACUUCAGACUGUCUCAGCGUGAGCUUCCCCCGGGUGUGCUCGGAGGGAGGAGGACGAGGUAGCAGGCGGAUCGGGAGAGAAAGCGGUGGGGACCGCACUGGCGGGUGGGGACCAGGGGCAGAAGCAAGACUAAAAACCUGCUUUAGAACUACAUAGAGAGGGGGCCAGCUUUGCGUCCAGCAUCAUGGCGUGGCCGUGCAUUACGCGGGCCUGCUGCAUCGCCCGCUUCUGGAACCAGCUGGACAAGGCGGACAUCGCCGUGCCGCUGGUAUUCACCAAGUAUUCGGAGGCCACCGAGCACCCGGGCGCCCCACCGCAGCCCCCACCGUCGUCCCAGCAGCAGGCGCAGCCGGCGCUCGCGGCCCCCUCGGCGCGCGCGGUCGCCAUAGAGACACAGCCGGCCCAGGGCGAGUUGGAUGCAGUUGCCCGGGCAACAGGGCCGGCGCCGGGGCCCAGCGGCGAGCGGGAGGUUGCGGCCGCCGGCCGGAGCGCGCCGGGCCUGGGCCCCGGCUCCAGCUCCACCUCCACCUCCGGGGCCGGCCCCGCGGACUCGGUGAUGCGGCAGGACUACCGCGCGUGGAAGGUACAGCGGCCCGAGCCCAGCUGCCGGCCGCGCAGCGAGUACCAGCCGUCGGACGCGCCCUUCGAGCGUGAGACCCAGUACCAGAAGGACUUCCGCGCAUGGCCGCUGCCGCGCCGCGGGGACCACCCCUGGAUCCCCAAGCCCGUACAGAUCCCUGCGCCUUCUCAGGCUUCCGCGCCUAUUUUCGGGACGCCCAAGCGCCGGCCUCAGAGCCAGGAGCGCUGGCCGGUGCAGAUCGCUGCUGAGGCCCCAGAGCCCGAGGCUCCCGGAGAAACCGGUGUCCUGGCUGCAGGGAAGACCUCGGGUGCAGAGGAGCGCGACACCCGUAGAAAGGCCAGCCCGGCCUGGAUGGUGCGUCGCUCCGAGGGUCACGAGCAGACGCCACUGCCCGCCACCCAGGCCCAGGCGGGAGCCGGUGGCCCGGCGGCUGGAAGGGCAACGAGUGCAGAGGAGCGCGACAGUCGUAGAAAGGCCGGACCGGCCUGGAUGGUGCGUCGCUCCGAGGGUCACGAGCAGACGCCACUGCCCGCCACCCAGGCCCAGGCCGCGGAGGGUGGCAAGGGGCGUGCGGCGGCGGACGCCCUCAACCGGCAAAUCCGCGAGGAAGUGACGAGUGCAGUGAGCAGCUCCUACAGGAAUGAAUUCAGAGCAUGGACGGACAUCAAGCCUGUGAAACCAAUAAAAGCCAAGCCCCAGUACAAGCCCCCAGAUGACAAGAUGGUUCAUGAGACCAGCUACAGCGCCCAGUUCAAAGGGGAGGCCAGUAAGCCAACUGCAGCUGAUAAUAAGGUCAUUGACCGCAGAAGAAUACGCAGCCUCUAUAGUGAACCUUUCAAGGAACCUCCAAAGGUGGAGAAACCUAGUGUUCAGAGUUCCAAACCAAAAAAGACCUCAGCGACCCAUAAGCCCCCGAGGAAGGCCAAAGACAAGCAGGUGGUGUCGGGCCAGGCUGCCAAGAAAAAGAGCACAGAGGGCCCCAGUGCCACCAAACCUGAUGACAAGGAGCAAAGUAAAGAGAUGAACAAUAAACUGGCUGAGGCUAAAGAGAGCCCCAUCCAACCCACCGAUGAUUCCUGUAAGAAUAAAGGCCCUGUAGCCACAGAGCCAGACAAGGAUAAAGGUCCUGUGGUCUCAGGACUUCUGAAAGGCCAAAGUCCUAUGAUCCAAGAGGCUCCAAAGGAUCAAGGGCCCAUAGUACUGGGACUUCCAAAGGAUCAAGGUCCUGUGGUUCUAGGGCCUCCAAAGGAUCAAGGUCCUGUAGUCCCAUGGCCUCCAAAGGAUCAAGGUCCUGUGGUCUCAGGGCAUCCAAAGGAUCAAGGUCCUGUGGUCCCUGAGCCUCCAAAGGAUCAAGGUCCUGUGGUCCCUGAGCCUCCAAAGGAUCAAGGUCAUAUGGUCCCAGUACCAAUCAAGGAUAAAGGUCAUGUGGUUCCUGAGCCUUUAAAGAAUGAAGAAUCUGUGAUAUCAGCACUAGCCAAGGACCAAAGUCCCUUGAUCCCAGAUCCUCUGAAGAAUCAAAGUCCUAUGGUUCCAGGAAGACUUAAGGAUCAAGGUUUUGUGACACCAGCACUUCCAAAGGAUCAAGGUUCUGUGGUCCUGACACCUGUCAAGGAUCAAGUUUCCAUGGUCUCAGCUUCUGACAAAGAUCAAGGUCUCAUGGUCCCAGAGCAUUGGAAGGAUCAAAGUGCCAUGGUCAUAGCACCUGUAAAGAAUCAAGGUCCUGUGGUCCCUGAGUUUGUAAAGAGCCAAGACCCCAUUGUUCCAGCAGUAACCAAGAAUCAAGGUCACAUGGUCUCAGAGCCUCCAAAGAAUCAAGGUCCUAUAAUCCCGGUGCCUCUGAAGGAUCAAGAUCCUCUGGUGCCAGCACCAGCAAAAGUCCAAGGUCCUGUGGUCCCCGAAACUCUGAAGACUCAAGGUCCCAGGGUCCCUCAGCUGCCCACUGUCUCACCUCCACCCCCAGUCAUGAUCCCAACUGUCCCUCAUGGAGAAUAUAUUGAGGGGUCUCCUUGACAUGCACCUCUGGACAUGCCAUUGAAGGAGUUGUCAGUGAAAGUGCACCCCUCCCCGGGGCAGUGAAGACACAUAUUUAAUCUGCAUGAAACACGUUCUGUGUAGUCUUGCUGGAGUCUAAUAAAACUGGUCCCUCUGGCUCA